GAUUUUCCAUAAAUUGGCAUCAUCUUUCUGAGUCCUGAUGGAUGUCAGACAGCAAGCGGACAAGCUGGCUCAUGACUCAAUCCUCCGAAUACAUCGCAUCAUCUAGGAGCCAUUCUCACCUCGAAACUUCUACCAUCUUUCCACUGAGUUUCAAUUGAGGCGGACAAUAUGAAAGCAAACGUCAUCUUGUGCCUCCUGGCCCCCCUGGUCGCCGCUCUCCCCACCGAAACCAUCCACCUCGACCCCGAGCUCGCCGCUCUCCGCGCCAACCUCACCGAGCGAACAGCCGACCUCUGGGACCGCCAAGCCUCUCAAAGCAUCGACCAGCUCAUCAAGAGAAAAGGCAAGCUCUACUUUGGCACCGCCACCGACCGCGGCCUCCUCCAACGGGAAAAGAACGCGGCCAUCAUCCAGGCAGACCUCGGCCAGGUGACGCCGGAGAACAGCAUGAAGUGGCAGUCGCUCGAGAACAACCAAGGCCAGCUGAACUGGGGAGACGCCGACUAUCUCGUCAACUUUGCCCAGCAAAACGGCAAGUCGAUACGCGGCCACACUCUGAUCUGGCACUCGCAGCUGCCUGCGUGGGUGAACAAUAUCAACAACGCGGAUACUCUGCGGCAAGUCAUCCGCACCCAUGUCUCUACUGUGGUUGGGCGGUACAAGGGCAAGAUUCGUGCUUGGGACGUGGUCAAUGAAAUCUUCAACGAGGAUGGAACGCUGCGCUCUUCAGUCUUUUCCAGGCUCCUCGGCGAGGAGUUUGUCUCGAUUGCCUUUCGUGCUGCUCGAGAUGCUGACCCUUCUGCCCGUCUUUACAUCAACGACUACAAUCUCGACCGCGCCAACUAUGGCAAGGUCAACGGGUUGAAGACUUACGUCUCCAAGUGGAUCUCUCAAGGAGUUCCCAUUGACGGUAUUGGAAGCCAGUCCCAUCUCAGCGGCGGCGGAGGCUCUGGUACGCUGGGUGCGCUCCAGCAGCUGGCAACGGUACCCGUCACCGAGCUGGCCAUUACCGAGCUGGACAUUCAGGGGGCACCGACGACGGAUUACACCCAAGUUGUUCAAGCAUGCCUGAGCGUCUCCAAGUGCGUCGGCAUCACCGUGUGGGGCAUCAGUGACAAGGACUCGUGGCGUGCCAGCACCAACCCUCUUCUGUUUGACGCAAACUUCAACCCCAAGCCGGCAUAUAACAGCAUUGUUGGCAUCUUACAAUAGCUGCUCUGCUACAUGGGUAUGGCAGGGUCGGAUGCAUCUCGAAAGUCUGGUAUAUGGAGAUAUCUCAAGAGUCUAGUAUAUGACGGUAUCUCUAGAGUCAAGUAUAUGAAGAUGACUGUCCCAGAUGUCCAAUGUCAGUCCCAU